AUGGUAGCUACUGCAGUAGCUGCUGCAGCAUAUGGUAAAUUGGGUAGUUACCAGCAGCAGCAGCAGCAGCAACAACAACAACAACAACAACAACAACAACAACAACAACAAUACAAUACUACUACUACUACUACUACCCGAGUGCAACCUCAGGUGCAUGCAAAACGUAGUUCAAGUCAUAGUGGUAGUAGUACUUCAAAUGCAUUACGAUUACAACAACGUCGUAUGAUAGAACGAGAAAAUAUCGAUCAGUUACUUCAAAAAUGUCGUACAAAUUAUCGUGGUACCGCUUGUGGUAUACAG